GAGCCAAAGAUGUCUGUUCGGUCAUGUGAUCAGCUGUGUCCAAUCACAGCUGAUCACAUGGGACAUGUACACUGAUCAUCAGGGCACUGAUGAUCAGUGUGCCCUGAUGAUCAGUGUGGCCCCAGAAGUGCAACCUGUCAGUGUCCAUCAGUGCCAGCUGCCAGUGCUGAACAGUGCCACGUGCCAGUGCCACAUCAAUGCCACAUCCAUGCCACAUAUCAGUGCCUACCUGUGCACAUCAAUGCCACAUAUCAGUGCCCAUCUGAGCUGCCUUUCAGUGUCACUCAUCAGUGCCAGUCAGUGCCACCUAUCAAUGCCAAUCAGUACCACCUAUAAGUGCCAGUCAGUGCCACCUAUCAGUUCCCGUCAGUGCCUCCUAUCAGUGCCAGUCAGUGCCGCCUAACAGUGACAGUCCAGUGCCGCCUAUCAGUGCCAUCUAUCAGUGCCAUAUAUCAGUACUGCCUUUCAGUGCCCAUCAGUGAUGCCUGUCAAUGCCCAUCAGUGCCACCUACCAGUGCCUCCUCAUCAGUGCCCAUCAGUGCCACCUAUCAGUGUCCAUCAGUGCAGCCUAUCAGUGACCAUCACUGCAGCCUCAUUAGCGCACAUCAGUGAAGGAGAAAAAUCACUUAUUUACAAGUUUUAAAAUAAA